AUUGCCUUCAAAAUAAACACAGUAGUGGAAAGCUUUCGGAUUUUCUGUGCCUUCCUUCCUUCCGCUUCGCCCAGGGGACCUCUACACAUCUGUUUUAGGGGGCGAGCGCGCUGUCAAGGAUGUGAGCAAGGUGGGGGCACUAGAUGGCUUUAAAUAGCCGCCACCAAAACUUCAGGACAUCAGAUCAACUCCGGUCUCUGACGUGCAAUAACCAAAGGCGGGCUUUCUCGACUUCAAAUCAAGCUUUUGGACUAAUUUAUUUUUUAAAAUAUUAUUAUUUACGCUGGGACUAGGAUCUCACAGAGUAUUAUGUGGAACACCGUGUCUAGCCUGAAUAUGCACUCGUCAUUCCUCGCUCUCUGCUUGGCUGCUCUUCAGUGUUUCAGAAUAGUGGACUCUUUCCCAAACCCAUCUCCGCUGCUUGGAUCCAACUGGGGUAAUCCCAAAAGAUAUGUACACCUGCAGACAUCCUCGGACAUCAGCAACUUCUACUUGGAAAUCACUUUGAAUGGCCAAGUUAGGAAAACUACGAGCAGAAGUUCAUACAGUGUAGUGCUGCUGAAAUCGGAAGCAAGAGAUCGCCUGGCUAUACUCGGUGUAAAAAGUAACCGCUAUUUGUGCAUGGAUGCCGAGGGAAAACCUUUCAGCUCUGCUGUCUGCAACAAAGACUGUCUCUUCCACCACAAGCUGUUGGAGAACCACUACGAUGUGUACUACUCCUGUACUAGCGGCCUUGUGCUCAACCUAGAGGGGGCUAAGCAGGCAUACGUGGCGGGGAAGAACUUGCCGCCCUACUCCCUCUUCCUGUCGGAAAAGAACACCGUGCCCCUGGAGCGCCUGCUGCACCGGGAGAAGAGGACCCGGCAGGUGGACCCGUCUGACCCCCUGCGCACGCUCAACCAGCCCGGCGAGGGCUCGGACUCCCUGGCCUACAGGGACCAGGACCUGGACCAGGACGUGGAACAGGAGGCGGAGACACCGGAGCAGGGCCGGGCCAUUUCCAAGGAGACCAUCACGUCCGCCUUUCACGACGACCCUCUGCAGGUGCUGCAUUCCAUGAACCCCAGCAGUCCGCGGAUAGCAGGCACCCUGGGCUGAGGGGAGGGCCGGGUUGGAGGGGUGCGUUAGGUGGGCUCUGCUACAGCUGGUCUGAAAAACCCACUGUUUUUUUUAUUUAAAGAUGUCACAGAGAGAAUCCCUUAGGCUACAGUACCAGACCUUUUACCUCUUGUAUCCGUAAGUUAUUAAAGCUAAAGUAGCCUGAUUGAUUUAGGCAAAUUUCAAA